AUGCUGAUCCUGACCUGUGCCUCAAAGUUGCAGUUUCUGGAGGGUCUUCUGCAAAGGAGCCUACCUCAGGCACUUCCGGUUUAUGGGGCUGUGAUGCACAUCAACCGUGGAAACCCUGCUCAGCAUGAAGUGGUGGUGGACUCUUGGCCUGAGUUUAAAACUGUGCUUACACGCCCACGUAAAGGGGUGGUGAAAGACAAAUUGGAUUUUUAUGCCAAUUUGCAUGCUACUUUUUAUUCAGACAUGGACACCUGUCGAGCUCUCUUGGAAAAUGAGGACAUCAUUGACUGGGGAAGAGCUUUUCAGCUGCAAGGUAUCCAAGAUGGGAUAUAUGAAAUCACCAAAGAUAUAGCAAAGACCAGAGGUGUCCAUCUGAAGACAUACAGUUACUUGCCACUGAUGCACCCAAACCCAUCUACUCUCUCUGACAGCCGGUUCAAAAAUGACCUCCUCCACUUUGGCACCCUCAACCAAUCCCAUGCAUCCACACUCAAUGAUGCUUGGGACUUUGGGGGCAAUGAUCUGAGCCUGAGCUAUGUGGAAAGCUUGAUCCGCAACUUCCAUACCGCUUGCCUCCUAGAUAAGGAAGACCAGUUGGCGGCUUGGUCCCUCAGUGAUCCCUAUGGUUGCUUAACACAUGGCUACACCUUCCCUCAGUAUCGGGGACAGGGAUGGAUUGGACACAUCCUACAGAAUUUGGGAAGAAAGAUGCAUGCUCUUGGCUUUCCUCUAUAUGCUGGGGUUCUGGCUGAAAAUGAACCCUCCAUACGAUCACUACAGAACCAGGGGUUCCAUGUUCAUGCUGGAACAUAUUACAUGCUUAUUUUGACACCAGUCCCCAAUCCCAAGAAUUAG